AUGCAACGCCUCAGGUCAAUGAAUUUCAAAGGACGUGCCAUGGAAUUAUCAGACUUGUCAGUCUUCCACAACCGCAUACUUACACCUGAUGACAAAACUGGACUGGUUAGCGAAAUUAAAGACAACAAGAUGAUUCCUUGGGUAUUUCUCAAUUCUGGUCCAGGAAACACGACCAGUCCUUUCAAAUGCGAGUGGAUGACCAUCAAGAAUGAUGUGCUCUAUGCUGGAGGUCACGGUACUGAAUUCAGAAGUAUUCAAGGAGAAGUUGUGCACCGAAAUAAUAUGUGGAUCAAAACUAUUGCUCCCAGUGGAAAGCUGGCGACAAUUAUGGUGAAACUGCGAAACGCUGUCGGUAUUUUUGAGCCGGGAUAUUUAACACAUGAAGCCGUCCAGUGGUCAGAAAUACGGAAACAUUGGUACUUCCUUCCUAGAAAAGAAUCCAAGACUGUCUACGUCGAAGAAGAGGACGAGACAAAUAAGGGGGAAGACACAGAUGGUGGUACUAAUUCUUGGAAACCCGGAUCAUUGACACUUCGAUUUAAGAGGUCUAAAGAAGUGACUGAUGAACCUGUCGAAACCUAUGUCACCGUAUUCACCACUGACGGUCAAGUCCUACUCGAUGAUCAGAAGCUCGACGGCAAUUACAAAUUUGAGGGACUUUAUUUCAUUUGA